AUGCCCGAUACAAACGGCUUGGAUCCCAGUCCCAGCGAGCGGCCUUCAGAGACUCCUCCAACUCCCUUCUACUACUAUCAUGGAGAUAUAGAACUACAAUUUUACCGACGCGAUCCCGUAUCAUCUUUGGCACCGCCGCAGACUCCAGGGCCCGCCCCGAAGACCGCUUCCGACGGCGAUAUGGAAAAACAAUUCGACAAUCUCAGCGUUCAGGACGAUGCUGGGGGAUCACCCUCUUCGGAGCCUCGCAAGUUGAAGAAGAAGAAGGUUCUGCUGAUGGGCAAAUCCGGGUCGGGGAAGAGCUCUAUGAGGAGUAUUAUAUUCAGCAAUUAUGUUGCGAAGGAUACCAGGCGGUUGGGAGCUACAAUUGAUGUCGAUCUGAGCCAGGUCAAGUUCCUGGGCAAUUUGACGUUGAACUUGUGGGAUUGUGGAGGACAGGACGCCUUCAUGGAAAAUUACCUCUCCCAGCAACGCCAGCACGUCUUCUCUAAUGUUGGUGUCCUGAUAUACGUCUUCGACAUUGAGUCUCGCGACCUCGAGCGAGACCUCUUGACCUAUCGCUCCAUCAUCAUAGCUCUCAGCCAGUUCUCCCCCACUUCUAGCGUCUACGUCCUAGUCCACAAGAUGGAUCUCGUGGUCCCUCACCAGCGUGAAGACAUCUACAGUGGCCGCGUCCAGCUUAUCCAAUCCAAGUCCGAUAAUUUCAACCCCAUCCCAUUUGCAACCUCCAUAUGGGACCAAUCUCUCUACAAAGCCUGGGCGGAGAUCAUACACGACCUGGUUCCGAACCUGGGUCAGAUCGAGCAUCACCUCGGGAGUCUGGGAAAGCUCAUCCAAGCCGAGGAAGUCCUGCUGUUCGAGCGCUCGUCAUUCUUGGUGGUCAGCAGUUGGUGCUCUGAUAUCGGUAAUGAGAAUCCGACGACGGAUCGAUACGAGCGGCUGAGCAAUAUCAUCAAGAACUUCAAGCAAACGACGAGUCGGUUUACGGGAACGCCGAAGAGUGCGGAGCAGUUCUCACUGAUGGAGUUGAAGCUCUCGAACUUCUCUCUCUUCCUCGUUAAAUUCACUACAAACACGUACCUAGCAGUCGUCCUCCCACCCGGCGAAGAGCGCUUCAACGCUGCGAUGGAGAAUUGUUUAAUCGCGAGAGCCGAGUUCGAGGAUCUGGACUCGCCAGCGAAGAAGGGUCUGGACCGAGGCGCUACUUCGACUGAGGCUUGA